CUGGAAACUUUGCUAUGAAUACAAUUAUAUUUUAUAAAACAAGAAUAACCACAUUCACCACACUUAUGGGAUGUUUAACGAAUCACUAGUCAAUUAUAAUAGUUCAUCUUCAUGCAGCUUCUUUCAACCUAGAUACCUUAACGCCGUGUCAGUGGGAUAUAUAAGUAUUCGCCUUAACCGUAAGUAUGUUGGUAACCCAUGCGCUCUUGGACUCGUUCCUGUUCGUGCACGUUCGUGAUAGGACUAAAGAUAGUGACUGCGAUCAAAAAGAACGAUAAUUAUUUAUCUCUUGUAAAAAGACUAAACAUUUUUCGAGAAAAGAUAAUUUUCCAUCGUUUUAGAAUAAGUUUGUGUUCCUCUGUGUUAUCCUAUAAAAUAAUAACCUAUAUAAUGGAGGUAAUGGAGGGCCUUAUUCAGGCGGGAGACGAAUAUGAAUUAUAUGACAAACUUUUCUUCGAGAUACACAACUUAGAAGAGAAAUUUAACACUGUAUAAAAUUGCACACAGUUCUGGUCAAGUGACUGAAAAAUAUCGGUACACGUCUGUCACGUUCAAAUGUGAGGGAAUAUUUAGAUCGCGGGGAAAAGACAAAAGAACAGUGCCGUAAGUUAUAUAUAUAAUUCUACUAUUUAUUUCUAUGCCUUAAUCUGUAAUACUACUGUAAUCUGUAAUAAUAAUUGCCAUGGUAUUUCUUGUGCAUGUUCUCAAAAAGGAGUAAGAAGACUGACUGUAAGGCUGAAGUACGUGCUAUUUUGCAAGAGAAUUGUUUCAUAAUAAUGUAUGUUGAACACACGCAUGAUCACAUGCCCAAGCAGUGGACAAAUGAUGAACUAUCUUCAAUAAAAAAACAAAACAAUGCAGGAAGUGUUGCCAAUGAUGAAGUACUUAAGAAAACUGAAGAAAUGGUGAGAAUGGAUGUGCAUAUUCAAGAGAAAGAAUCUGCUGAUGAUGUAGUUAAGAAAAAUGUUAAUGAACAGAUGGUGAGAAAGGAACAGCAUACUCAAAAGCCAGAAUCUUCAUUAAUGCAAUACAAUGUUGAAACUGUUACGCAAGAUUCAUUACCAUUUGAACAACCUAACCUGCAAGAUCACAAUUUUGUUAAUGAUUCUACUUUGGAUGAAAAUAUAACAAUGUAUACGAAAAAAGCAAAUGUUAAAGUACACGAAAGUACCAUUGACGAAGAACAAGAGAAUAUUGAAUCUGCACACCAAGGGAAUAAUGAUUUUGAAGAACCAGAAUCUCCAACAAUGGAACAAUACAACGUUGAAAGCUCUUUGAUAGAGUCCUCGACCUUGGGGCAUUGUGAAAAAUUCAAGAACGAUCAGGAACUUGAUAAGAUUAUUUCGACGUUAAGACAGCAUUUAUACUUGAUAAGAGAUCAAGAAUCAAAAAUAUUUUUAAAUGCUAAAACAACUAUUAAAAAUUUAAAUAAUAAUUUGGAGGAACAAAAAUAUACCAUGUUAGAGUGGAUGAAAUUAUUACCAGGACAAAUUGAAAAUGUUCUAGAUGGUGUUUACCGAUUAAAAACUUCUGAUCUCAAUGACAUAGAUAGCUUUAUACAACAUUUCUUAGAUAAAGAAGUAAAUGUUGAUCUUUUGAAAGAGCAUUUUGAGGAUAAGGCAUUCAAAAAACUAAAAAAAGUAAUAAAUACAAAGGUUAAGUCGAAUGCCUACACUUGUGGAAAAUUCUCUGAAGACAUUGGAGAACUACGAACUGUUUUAAUGCGAUGUAUGCAUGCUGUGGUUCCACUUUCACUGCGCAAAUCUAUCUAAGAAGCCAAAAGAGUCUACUCCAUUUGUGUGUACCGGAGAAAAAUAGAUAUAUAUUUUCGUUUGUACUAUAUGUACACCCACUACUUGUAUAUGCAUAUUGUCUAGUACUAUCCAAAAGUGAUUGACCGUUCAGAAUUUGAUAAAAUUUGGUAUGCUGUUAGAUAUUGAUAAGAUAAACACUCAGUUAAAAUUUGGUGAAGGUUUGGAACUUGUGACAAAAGUUAUAAACAUUUCAAUUUGCGAAAAUCUGCACUUUUCGAGUAAUUGCUUGAUUUCACAAAACUGACCGUUCAGAAUUUACCCAAACUUUGCAAAUUAGUACAUAAACAUGUAACGAAUAUAUUGAUACCUCAAAAAUGUAAACUUGGAACGUGUGAGCGUAGUAAUAAACAAAUAAAAGUUCAAAAAUGUACACUUAACCUCAGAAAAAUGAGUCAAAUCAGCUUCUGUCUGAAACUUUUUAUUGAUAAUUACGGUAAAUAAAAUUGUUUGAUGAGAAUAUUUAAUCAUUAUUUAAUGUAACUUAAUUUAUGCAACUUCUAUUAUUGUGUAUCUCGCAAAUAAACAAAAUAUAAAAA